GUGUUCAAUCACAGCUGAUUGCGAGCUGUCAUGCUGACAGCUCGAGAGGAGAGGAGAGCCGGUAAUCAGCAUCCCUCAGAGGGGACAUGUGCACUGAUGAUCAGUGUGCCCUGAUGAUCAGUGUAGUCCCAGCAGUGCCACCUGUCAGUGUCCAUCAGCUGUCAGUGCUCAUCCAUGUUACCUGCUAGUACCCAUCAGUGCCACAUCAAUGCCACAUAUCAGUGCGUACCAGUGCACAUUAAUGCCACAUAUCAGUGCCCAUCUGAGCUGCCUUUCAGUGUCACCUAUGAGUGCCCAUCAGUGCCACCUAUCAAUGCCAGUCAGUGCCACCUAUCAGUGCUGCCAAUCAGUGCCGCCUAUCAGUGCCAUCUAUCAGUG